AAACAAUUAAGUCACAGAGUCAAGCACCUGUUCACAAAGAUAGCUUCAAGUUAAAUUUGAAACCUGUGGGAUACACGUACCUGUGUUUUGGAGCUGGUCGGAAUGGGGAAAGCAGAUUUCCUCUCCCCGAAGGCUAUCGGCAACCGGAUAAAAGCCAAAGGUCUCCAGAAGCUGAGAUGGUAUUGUCAGAUGUGUCAAAAGCAGUGUCGAGACGAGAAUGGCUUCAAGUGUCACUGCAUGUCAGAGUCCCACCAGAGGCAGCUGCUGCUGGCCUCAGAGAAUCCAAAUAGGUUCAUGGACUAUUUUUCAGAUGAGUUCAAAAGCGACUUCCUGGAGCUGCUCAGAAGACGUUUUGGGACAAAGCGAGUGCACAAUAACAUUGUCUACAACGAAUACAUAAGUGACCGGGAGCACGUGCACAUGAACUCCACGCAGUGGGAGACUCUCACUGACUUCACCAAGUGGCUGGGCAGAGAAGGUUUUUGUAAGGUUGAUGAGACCCCCAAAGGCUGGUACAUCCAGUAUAUUGAUCGCGACCCGGAGACCAUCCGCCGCCAGGAGGAGCAGGCCAAGAGGAAGAAGCAGGAGCUGGACGACGAAGAGAGGAGUGCCAGGUUCAUCGAGGAGCAGGUCCGCAAAGGCCGCGAUGGCAAGGAGAAGGAAGAAACUCCGGUUUACACUGAACUCAAACGUGAGAGUGAGGAAGAGAAAGUUGCUUUCAACCUUGGUGCAUCUUCAUCAGUUGCUGGUCCUUCCAAACUGAGCUCUGUCCUGGGAUCUAGCGCUCUCAAAGCAGCAACAAGUUCAACCAAGAGAAAAGACACAUCCUCAGGUUUGGAUUCCAGAGGGGAGAAGAAGAAGAAAUCUGCCUUGGAGGAGAUCAUGGAGAUGGAGGAGAAGAAGAAGCAGCAGCAGCAGGUCAAAACAGAUCACUGGCUGCAGCCCAACAUUGUGGUCAAAGUCAUCACUAAGAGACUGGGAGAGAAGUACCACAAGAAGAAGGCUAUCAUCACGGAGGUGCGAGACAAAUACACAGCGGUGGUGAAAAUGAUCGACUCUGGAGACAAACUGAAACUGGACCAGAACCACAUUGAGACGGUCAUACCUGCACCAGGUAAAAGGGUUUUGAUCCUGAACGGGCCCUACAGAGACACCGAGGCUGUGCUAGAGGGGAUAGAUGAGAAGAAUUUCUGCGCUACACUCACGCUCGACUCGGGUCAACACAGAGGGAAGAGAGUGGACAUCGCUUAUGAGGAUUUCUCUAAACUGGCCUGAACCAGCAACCCUCCAGUUUUAACCUCAGGGACUCUACUGUGUCAGAGUUACUUCCUCAUGUACAUACAUAUCCCACAGUGCAUUUCCAGUGAGCUACCACCCAGAAACCUCAUGACAAUGUGUUCAAUUAGUUUAUUUUGUAUUAAUAUUCAAGUUGAUUUUAACACUGCAGAUGCAGAACUGGACUUCUGCUGUUCUAAUCUGUGAGAAAUCACAUGUAGCUACAAAUGUGACACCGGUGAAAAAAGGACCACACUGGGCACUUCUCUCUGGCUGCUCAGGGCAUCUGGAGGAAGCUGUUGAGAUCUGGCACGAUGUAGUCGGUGUAGUGGCCGUCGAUAAAGCCCUUCCCACUGUUGUGAAUGAACCAGCAGUAGACGUUGGAGCCGCGUCUCUUAUCCUGCCUGUAGUCCUUCUGCCAGCCUCUAAAACACACACAAGUUUUUUGGUUUUAAUAAGUCAGUUUGUUCAGUAACGGAUUUUAAACGAGUUCA